GCUGUAUUGCUUUUGUUUCUCUUCGGUCUUCGAAGUUUUGUUCUCGACAAGUGCUUCUGUGCUGUUCAAGCUUCAGCUCUCCAAACUAAUACCCACCAACCACCACUUGAGUCUACAAACCCGCAACCAUGCCUCUCUCCACCGACGAAACAGUCAACGAGACAGCUGCCGGUCUCGUCAAGACGCUCCAAGCAGCAGCUGGCGAGCCACACCCAGGCUACCGUCCAGGUAAACCAUUCCAAACCCAAUUCUCUCACACCUUCACGCCCUCCUUCCCUGCAGACCCCCCCAACCUCACCACUACCAAGCUAACCUCCCCUCCAGCUCACGCAAAAGGCCUCCUCCUAACCGGCACCUUCACGCCCUCCCCCACCGCCUCCACCCUGACAACCGCGCCCCACUUCUCCUCCCCCAGCACCACCACUCCCCUGACCAUCCGCUUCUCCUCGUCCACCGGCAUCCCCACGAUCCCCGACACCGACCCGUCGGCCAACCCGCGCGGCAUCGCCCUCCGCUUCCACCUCGCCACCACGCCGCACCGUGUCCACACCGACGUAAUCGCGCACAGCACGCCCUUCUUCCCGACGCGCACGGGCGCCGACUUCCUCGCCUUCCUGCGCGCCGCGGGCGCCUCCGCCGGCGUCGAGACCCACCCCACCCCCGUCGAGGCAUGGCUCGGCGAGCACCCGACCGCCGUCGCGUUCCUGCAGGCGCCGAAGCCGUUCCCCGCGAGCUUCGCCACCGAGACGUACUUUGGCGUUACGGCGCUGAAGUUUGUGGAUGCCGCGGGCAAGGGGCGGUUUUUCAGGUAUAGAGUGCUGCCCGUGGCGGGGCAGAAGGAUUUGGAUGAGGAGAGCGUGAAGAAGGAGUCUGGGGAGUAUCUGUAUGAGGAGAUUAAGAGUAGAGUAGGGGGUGGGGGAGGGCCUGUGGAGUUUAAGCUGGUGGCGCAGUUGGCGGAGGAGGGGGAUGUGGUGGAUGAUGCGACGGUGCAUUGGCCGGAGAGUAGAGAGGUGGUCGAGCUGGGGACGGUGAGAGUGGAGAAGGUAGUGGAGGAGGGGAAGCAGGUGGAGGAGCAGAAGACGAUCAUUUUUGAUCCGAUUCCGCGGGUCGAGGGGAUUGAGGCGAGUGAGGAUCCGUUGUUGGAGAUGCGAGCGGCGGUCUAUUUGAUUUCUGGGAGGGAGAGGAGGAAGGCGUAG